AUGCUGUCUGUUAAUGUGCGUGGCCUGCGUGGGCGGGCUGGCGGGACAAACGUUUCGUCUCCUUUAUUUUUUUUCUUUUUUGUUCGUCAAUUCUUUUUCAUUUUUCCCUCAAACCCCGUCUACUUCUUCCCGCCGUUGUCGUUGCUGCGGCUGAUGCUACUGCCCCAGUCAUUGUCAAUCCGAACUCCGUCCUGUGGCCGCCCGUCUCAUCCCCUAUUUUUUUAUCCUCCGGUUUCAGCAAAACGCUCCAACACAUGGCCCUGGGCUUGGCGUGGCGCACCUCGCAUGACGCUGCCCCACCCCCUGUCCUCCAAGUCAUGUUAG